AUGCAGCACGAGCUGCCGUACAACAGUGGCUAUCCAUCCACUUCGAGGCCAGCCGCUCCUCCUCCAGCUUACACGCGCUUUGUUCAGCGCAUGAGCCUAAGACCAGUGCUACUCUUUACUACGCUGAUCGGAGCGGUCUAUCUGAUCAUCAUUGCUGCGGGAGAGUUCAGAGCUGCGGGAGAGGACAAUCUGCCAGGCAACCUCAAAACUGUCAAUAUCGUUCAAGGCGCGCUCUUUCUGGGCGCUGCUGGUAUCGAGCUGUUUGGCUUCGUCGCCGCUUACACGGUGAGUUAUGAUGACGUCCCAUAUACGAGUGCAUGCUCAAUACGAGUGGCUGUAAGCGCUUCGUGCUAUCUCGACCAGUGCGAUCAGUGAGCGCGACGCUCGUCAAGCUGCAUACCUUCCUUGCACAGUAGACCCACUACAGCGCCCAUUCCGCCCCUUUCAUUUGUCCGAGGCUAGGAGCUCACGUCUACUGUUUGCUCUCCCACAAUGCCCCUCUAGAUCCGUCUACCUCUGGCUCGCACUUACUCCUUGCUUUCUGUGGCAGGAGUUGCUGCGAUCGCCGCUGCGCAGGUGAGAUGUGCCGUUGGCUCGAAGCAUGCUGCUCGUAAUUGAUGAGAGGAUGUAUCUUCGCUGCUUAGCUCCUAGGCAUUGUGACCCACUGGACCUCGAAAGCCGCCAUCAUCGACUCGUGUACGACGCGCAACACUGGCCGCUCACAGCCCAGCGACUCUUACUGGAUAUGGGAAUUCAACGAUACGGACAAUGGCGCUCCACUGACGGAUGCUCAAGCACGAAGCUUCUGUGAAAGGCGCUGGAACAGCCAAUCAGCACCUCUGAUUAUCGCUUUCGUCCUCGUCUUGCUCUUGGGUCUCUUGCUGGUGUUCUUCAGCUUCGCAUUCGUGCGUCAGAUUUCUGAUCCCAGCGCUGCUUACGUGGGGCGCGGGCGCACCCAAGUAGCACCCUCAGCAACGCACUACCAGCAAUCCACACCUUACGAUGGCUAUGCACAAGGCCCUUAUUCGUACCCUCCCGGAGCGGGCGCACCUGGCGUGUAUCAACCUCCAGCAGGAGCCCCUCCAGGGUAUGGCGGACGCCAAAGCGAGGAUUGGGAAGAUGACUACAAAACACCAGGAGGCCCGCACGACACGUAUGCGGAGGGACGCGACAAUCCGUACGGUGAUAAUCAAGCGGUCGGUAGGCCCGGCAGCAGCAGGGGUGCCUAUACAUACGGCGACGAUGAGCGCCACAAGUCGGACGAUACUCUGCGCGGUCAAGAUGAGCCAAAGGGGCAGCAGACGUCGGGCACGAGGGUCAGUGAUGCGCCUCCAAGAAUCUGA